AUGGCAUCGAAGGGUAAUAAAAGACAAGCAGGGGACGAGGGAAAAGUCGUCGAUAAAAGACAAAAGGGAAAUGAUGGGGGUGUCGUCGAUAGAAAAACAGUCGAAUUGGUGAGAAAAUUAUUUAAUGAAUUUGAUAGGGAGAAACGUGAGAAAAAUAUUGAAGAAAUCGCUAAGAUGGUUGUUGAUCGUAAUAAUAAACAAAAUCUAAGUAAAUUAGCAGAUAUGGUAAAAAAUACAAAAUCACUUUAUAGAGAAAAACGUAAUUAUAACAUUGAGGAUCGUGACAUUGUAGAAUUAGCAGCACUGGUUCGAUCUCAUAGAAACAUUAGUUUACCGCGAACAUCUUUUUCAGUCCGUCAAAUACGUACGCAUGAACGAUUUGGUUAUACGGAAUAUAUAUUUGAUGUAAAUGUGGGUAGUGAACAUAUGCGUUCAUUACCAGAUUUUCUUGUAAAUUUACGUAGUGUCUUUGAUUAUUUAAUUAAUACAAUGAUGUAUUAUGCAGGAUCGAAUACCGACAAAGCACGAUUUUUUAUCUCGAAUGCCCCACGUACACCCUUUUCAACAGCUGUAUUAAAUGUAACGGAUUUUACAACGGACAUGUUUUUCAAUAUUUUUGAAAAACACAUGCAAAGUAACGCACAAGAGAUUAUCAAUAAUGGCUGGAAUACGACUGUUAGUUUGUAUAUUUUUCCGAAUACUCGUACGUCACGUCAACAACAUGUAAAAAAACGAAAAAAACAAAGUAGAAUGUAUAAGUAUUUAGGCAAAAAUGAUACGGAAUCCGGUAGUGGUAAAAAAAAUGACGUGGCGUUAAAACAUGGUCGCGAAGUGCGUCAUGGUGUUUUUCAGAUUGGUAAAGCAAACGUCAAAAACAGUUGUUUGGCGUUAGCACUCUUAGUGGGUAAAUCCUAUCUACGCAACGAUACUAAUGCACAAAAACUAAAGAGAAAUAGUAAUUUGACAUUAAGCGACCUAUAUACUGACGAAGACAUUACAAACGUGUACACGACAAGUUGUCUACCCGUUGGACCGGUUCGUAUUAAACAACUUCAAUAUGUUUAUGAAAAGUAUUUAAAACCGGACGGACUUGACCUAGUUGUUUUUUCUAAAAAUCAAGCUGAUAGCAUCGUGUACGAUUCGCGACUACAUGACAAUCAACGUCUACACCGUAUUACAAAUGAUGUUAUUUUUCUUUGGUUAAACGAAAAACAUUAUGAUCUUGUGACAUCGCCGUAUACAUUUUCACGUUUAAAUUUGGGAAAAUUUUGUUUUUCAUGCAUGCGUUAUUUUCGACGUUUUGAAAUUAAAGAUACACAUGUUUGUAUUGCGUCUUUAACCUGUCAUCGAUGCUAUGCUAAUACGACAAAAUGUAUUGAAACGCCGGGUUUUGUACAACAGUGUACUAUGUGCGAUAUUAUUUUUUACAAUCCUGAUUGUUUUCGUAACCAUUUAGUACAAAGAGUGUUUAAAACAUUUGUGAAUGGUAAAUUGACUAUGGAAACACCGUGUCAGCGUGUUUUUUUUGUAUUGUUUGUUACAAAUCCGUGA